UGUCGAUCGUUUGCUCGUUUAAAAAGCAAAUUUAUCAAAGCUCCAAUUUUAUUGCUUAUUUAGUGUUCCAAUCGAAGAGUUUAGCAGUAAAUUGUGCAUCAAGCGGUCACUAAGUGCCAUUGUCGCGUGAUAAAGUAUCGUAAGUCAUCAUCGUAGCACCACGUUUUUUUCUGCGCCUGUCGGAGUAGUUUAACUCUGUCUCCUCAUCUAGUAGCAUGUGAUUUUAGUGUCAAUUUUGUGUCAUAAAAAAAAUUAUUUCUGAAAAUUUUUUCAAAGAAAAACGUUUUUUUAAUUCUUUCUGUGAAACAAAAAAAAAAUAUUUAAAAAAAUAAAUUGGAAAUAAUUAAAAAGGAAAAAAAUAAGAAAAAAAAUCACAAAAAAAAAUAAAAAAGCUAUAAAAAAGAGAUAAGUGUUGAAAGGAAAAAAAAAUCUGGUAAAAAAAAAGUGAAAAUGGGUUCGAUGAUGAAUACGAAAAUUGCUCAGGAACCAGAAGUUCCAGCUGCUUCAGAGCCGUUGAAACAGACUUCCAGCAGUACUGAAGCAACCGAAAUCCGCUGUCAAGAAAAGUCAAAAGGUGGUCUCUGCUACGAAGUAAUUCUCGCGGAGCCGUCUGUACAGGCUGCGGUACCGAAGAUUCCAGUUAAUCCGGCGAAAAUUGUGUCAGCAGAGGAUAUUGAGGAAAAGUUGAAGGCCGCCGAGGAAAGACGUCUACAACUGGAAGCAAAGAAAAUCACCGAAUGGAACGCUAAACAAGCAAAAAUUGAAGAGGCCUCCCGCAAGAAGGAAGAACUCGACAAAGAAUUCGCGGCGCAAACCAAGGAAGCGCUCGAAGCCAAGAUGGAGCAGUACGAGGAGAAGCGAGAGGCUCUCAUAUCCGACAUGAAGGAGAAAUUGAAGGUUCACGCUCAGGAGAUCGAGAAGACGCGUCAGAGCAUGGAGAACAAGAAGGACGAGGAACGCAGAGCGAUCGAGGAAAAAUUGAAGGCAGCCGAAUCGAUGCGUGACGAGAACAUCAAGAAGAUGCUGGAUCGUCUCAAGGAGCACAACACCACAAAAAUCUCGAACGUCCGUUCGACUGUGGAUACACGUGUCAAUGAAAUAUCCAGUGCUCAAACACGUAUCAUUGAAAAUAAAUUAUCGACAGCUGAAAUGAAUCGUGAGAAGGAAAUACAAAAGAAGAUCGACAAUAUUCGCAAGCAUGAACGUCGUGCGGAAAUUGUCCGUCAAAACAAGGCAGCUCUGGCCAACUCUGAUCUCAAUCAAGAAGAUUCAAUGACUGCAUCAUCUGGUUAAGCAAAAUCUGUUAUUUUUCCCUAAUUUUCAUUCAUAAUUUCUAAAAAAAAAUUGGCUAGAUCCAAAAAUGAAAACAAAAACAUGAAAAAUAAAUAAAAAAUCUAAAUAAAUAUUAACCGAAAGUAUUUGGCAAAGCUUAUGUGAACGCAAAAAAUUAAAAUUAAAAAAUUUUUCAAAAAUUCGUUAAAUUAAUUAAAUUAACAACUCGUCUUUCAAAUUGUUUAAAAAAAAAUUUCAAAAGCUGUAUCAAUCGAGAAAAAAUAGAAAACCUACUUAAAAGCGCGUUAAAGUUAAUGAAAAAAAAAAUAACAAUAAAAGGAAUCGUCCACAAAUUUUGGGCUAGCAUUUAAGGGCACAAUAUUUAGAUGUUUAAAAUAAUAAAAUUAAAAAUAAUAUUAAACGUAAAAAAAACUUAAUACUCCAUUUUCCGCUUAUUUUUCUGUGCUUGUUGAAAAAUUAAUGAC